AUGAACGUCAUCCAAUAUAAUUAUCAAUAUGUUAAGGGUUAUCAGCUCCACUUGAUAGAAAAUUUCAAACAAAAAGGCUUAUCUUUUUUAUGUAUUCCUGGGUCGCAACCUUCUCAAUUGUGUCAUAUUGAGCAGUUGGCGAUGAAGAAUAAAAAGGGACGAAGGCAACCCCGGAGCACAGUUGGACUCCGGAACUCGAGUGAUCAUGUUUUUCAGGAAAAUCGUUUUCGUUUAACUCGUCGCCACUCUGGCAAUAUCAUGUAA